UGGCUUCAUCAACACCACACUUCGAUUGACGAUUUCGACAGGCCUAGGUAUCGACCAUUGAUAACAAUGCAAUCCGUUACUGACGGUGCGGGUGACUGCAAAUCCUUUCUGAUGAAAUUGCUAGUCUCGCCAUGAAUCCGUCAAGGCAACAGGCCUUUCUUCGCCUGCGUCCACCAUGCGUUGAGCUCAGCUCGGCCGCGCUGAAGUUCAAAGCAAACCAGGUCUCAGCCAAGGCAGUGCUGUUCGCUUUAGAACCUGUUCACCAGGCUUUGCAGUCACUUGCGGACGAAAAUCUCCUGGAUGAGAAAUUGGCCGAAUACGCCUUCUUCCCGUUGACUCACAUUUUCAAUCAGUCCAAACGGCUAUCUUCGCCCAUCUUGGAACUUGCAGUUCGGUGCGUGCACAUUCUCGUAUCGCGAGGAUGGCGCGACAAGCUUCUUCCCGAGAUGGCUAAGCAGCUGCUCAUUCUGAUGGGGCUAUUGGUCUCUCCGAGCCCUAACCAACAAAGCGAACCUGCUUCAGAUGAGCUCAAAGCUGCAUCUUUCUCAUGCAUCUCGGUGCUCGUGAUCCAGUCUGUACGGCUUGGAACGAACGUCCUCGAAGGAGUUGGUGAGAAGAGCAUUGUGGAUCAGCUCGUUUACCAAUUGCUCGAAUCAUUGACGGAGACCCGAUCUGACCAAGUUCAGAUAAGUGCCGCUCGUGCUCUUCUAGAACUCAACAAAGCUAUCACUGACCGGCCGUUGCUUGCGAGCUUGCUGCCUCGCACUGUCUCUACCCUCGUGAAGGUCCUACGACCGAGCACUGAAGCACGCCGGACACGAAAAGUCCUUGUGGCUUAUCUUGACCUGUUAUCGGUCGUUCUGGACAAGGUCCUUGCCGACAUUGUUGCUCUCCGCUCAAAUAUGGAAAGCAACGAUACCAAACAACCGAAGAGCGAUCAUGCCAUCAUCCUUGACGAAGCAUGGCUCGAUGCCACGACUCCUCAGAUUGACAUAGCGUUGGUUCAGGUUACCAAACUGAGAACGCAUGAAGGUUCCGAUGUCAGAAAGGCUCUUCUGGACCUUUGCCUUGUGAUAAUCGAGGACUGUUCGCAAACUCUAGCUCGCUCACUGCCUCUUAUGAUCGAGACACUCAUUGUCCUUUGCAGAUCUUCCGAUUCUCCGGAAGCGGAAGCCGCUCUCAGACAUCUAAUGAUAUCAAGACCUGAAAUUUCUGAAAUACUCAGAGCUAAGUUCUACGACUGGUCCCAAGCACUGCCACGGAUAAUGCAGGGCAACGAAGACAGACCAAAACAACAUAUGCUUGGUCAAAUUGCAACUUCAUUCGUGGCUCUGACGGAUGGUGUGGGCGGGACUAAUGAGCUGAGCACAAAGAUUGCGUCGGUCUUGGUUGAUGGAAUAACAGCUGCUAUCGCUUCUACUACGACCCAAACCAGGUUGAUAAAUGAGGCACCGCAAAUCAAUACGACCGAUCUCGUUCAGCGGUCGAGGGAGACGGAUUGCGACUUUGUGGCUGUUCUACUGAACCACCAAAGUCAACGUGCUUCCACGGCAGAGAUCAAAAAACUUGUUGACUCACUAAAGACCCAUCCGUCCGCGCAAGCUAUAGCGCGAAGCCUAGUCGACCACACCCAAGCUCCGGAUACCAAUCGAAAACUUUCGGCAACUUGGUUGGCCUUGAACUUUCUGCAGAGUCGUGGUGACGGCUUUUUGGACAUGGACAACGUUUUCGAUGACAAUCCUUCAGACUUAGAUCUGACACUUUCGCAGCCAUUCCUCGUCUCUGACUUGUACGCGUCAACAUUACCGUGGCUGCUAGAAUACUCCGAUUUCAACGACGAUGAUAAACCUGGUUGGCAACUUGUCGCACUGUCGCUAGAGUCACUCGUACUCCAGGCAACUCAGCUUGGCCAGUCAUAUCGGCCUGAGUUGAUGGAAACUCUGUUUCCGGUUCUGACGCUACUUGGCUCUCGCAAUGCAGUGCUUCAGCAACACGCAAUGACCGCGUUAAAUCUCCUAGCCAAAGCAUGCGACUAUCGUUCAGCUGCUCUGAUGCUGAUCGACAACGUCGAUUAUUUGAUAAACGCAAUUGCUCUCAGGUUGAAUGCUUUUGAUGUAUCGCGAAAUGGUUUGCAAGUCCUUGCUAUGAUGUUACGACUUUGUGGUGCAAGAUUGCUGCCUUAUCUUGACGAUCUAAUUGGGAGCAUCUUCAGUGCCCUGGAUAAUUUUCAUGGGUACCCAAGCCUCGUUGAGCAGCUUUUUGAGAUUCUGAGAAUGAUUGUCGAAGAGAGCACCAAGGCUCCGGAAGUGCUUGCGAUCGAGCCUGGACCUGCAACAGACCGACACUCCAAUAAAGGAUUUGCUGUGUCGACCGUGGAGGAUAUCGUACAUGACGUGAGAGCCAGAAAAGAGAGAAAAAGCAUGACCGAUGAGCAACAUGAGCAAACCACAUCUGCACCACAUCAACCAUGGUCAAGUACCCUAGAUAAUACGAAAGCCACGUCAGAGGUGGAAGACGGCGAGGACGAUGAGGCUGAUUUGGAAGCAAGUCCACCCGCCUCGGCUGACAAGACCAAAGAGGCUCUACUGCCAAAACCUCACCAACUUUUGCUCAAGAUCGCACAAUCCGGCGUUCCACAUAUGUCGUCGCCAUCUGCCAAGGUACGGCAUACUCUUCUAGCCUUACUGCAAGAAUUGUGUCCGCUUCUAGCAACAAACGAGAACUCCUUCCUGCCUCUGGUCAAUGAGAUAUGGCCUUCAAUCGUGGCUCGAUUACUGAUGGGAAAGGACGAUUCAUCGUCUGAGAUGCCAUACAACAUUCAAUCAGCGGCCGACACGAUAUCAGUCAUCUGUCAGGCUGCUGGAGAUUUCAUGGCGAGCCGCAUUGAAGAUAUCUUUUCAGAUCUUGAAGCACUGUUCCGCAAAUUCUCAAAGGUGGUACUCCCAUUCGAUAGGCCCCGAAUUUCAUCGACAGGAGUCAAUGCAACAGGCACAAGUUUGACCACUUUGGAUGAGAAGAUACCUAACCUUGUUGGAAGGCAUGAGGCUCACAAUUAUCUCGCUUCUGCUCUUUCGAUGCUUGGAGCUACCAGGACUACUGAUACUCAGACUUUCAAUUCCCUGGUCGGCCUGAUUCUUUCAAUUUUAGACAACGUUCGAACCACUGAAGAUAAUAUUGACAGAAUCUUUGACAUGCUGGGUCCAAUUGCCGCUAUACCUGGCAAUGGGCGUGUCACAAGGGCAUUGCUGAAACACAACGAAGAUGCCGUAUGGCUCAUGGCGCAGCAUGUGAAUGAUUAAGCGCGGAGACGGCAGUCAGAUUCGUCGAGACGGACUCUAUUUCGACCGGAAGCACGGAGCAGGCACGACCCUAUUGAAUUAUCGCUCCGUUCCACCCUGUUUACUACGUGCUUGGUCUCCAGGCUCCAGCGAGAUAAAAGUGCCGCCACCCAGCCGCCGCGCAACCGCGGCCAAGUGAAAUUCCCCAAAAC